CAGUUAACGUAACUUUUCGUACGUUCACGGGAUGGCACUAGAUUUCAAAAAGGCUGCUUUGAUCGUUGGUGUAUCUUUAACUGUCAUUGUCAUCGGCAGUAUCUUGUAUGUGUCCAUUAAACGAUGGGAACAACAAAGUAACGACAUCAUUGUACCAGGACGAUUUUCAGAUCCUUCACUCAAAUUCGUCGCCGUACUGUUCCGCCAUGGGAAUAGAGCGCCAUCGUUCAAAUGCAGCACUGACACACACAAGAAUUAUUUUCCUGAAGGAAGAAUGGAAUUAACUAAGAAAGGUAAGCAAAAUAUGUACAAGAAAGGACAAAUAUUUCGAAGCUUAUACAAUGGUUUCGUAAGUGAUUUAUACUUGGAUAGCGAGAUUUUAGUCAGAACUACAAACACAAGACGGACGUUUAUGUCAGCAGCAAUGGUUUUAGCUGGAAUGUAUCCGCCAAAAAAUUAUCAAAAAUGGUCGGACUCAGAAACCGUGUGGCAGCCUAUUCCUAUUUACAGCGAUUCACCAGAUCACGGAACAUUAUUUGAUGAGAGGGGAAAAUGUCCGGCUUUUGAUUCAAUGAUCAGCAAGUUACCUUAUCAAUUAAACAACCAUACCGACAAAAGUAUGACAGCAUUAUUUUCGUAUUUAUCUGAAAAAUGCGGUCAACCGAUCACUAAUAAGAAUUUAAUAAAACUAUACGAUCUAUUGUUAUGUCAAAUGGCUGAUGAUUUACCACCACUGGAAUGGAUUAAGCCUCACCACAUUGAAACAAUAAAGUCAACUAUUAGAAAUAGUUCAACGAUGUUUUAUGAAAAUCAUAGAUUUCAAAAAAUUGUUAUAGGACCUCUGCUAUAUGAAAUUGGUAUGAACAUAGAAUCGAAUUCAAAUAAUUAUAAUACAACAAGAAAAAUGCAUCUUUAUUCGGGACACGAUAUUAGUAUAAAAAUGGCAAUGAACUUUCUAGGCAGUACCAUUGAAUUGCCCGAUUUUGGUGGUUCAUUGCAUUUCCAUUUGUACCACGACGAAAUAAAUGAACACACUAUCAAAAUUUUUUUUUUCGACCGUUGGAACAAUGAAGAAGGAAAAGAAGUCCCAAUACCUAUUUGCGGUGAUCCAUGCAAAUUUAAGGACUUUCAAAAUAUUUUGAAAAAGAAUUUCUCCGAAGAAAAAGAAUGGGCAGAAGAGUGUCAGAACUUAGAAAGCUAAUCAUAUCUAUUUUUUGUUUGUUUUUGUUCUCCAUACCUAUCUAUUCUAUAAGAUUUGUUUUAAAUAAUCUAUUAUUAUUUUGGAUAUUUUAUUCUAAAUAAAAACGAUAGUUUUAAUAUUCUA